GUUCAGCCUUUUCCUCAAUAAUAUUUCCACUCUUUCUCUUUCUCUUUCUUUUCUAAUCAUCAUACUCUCCCAUUACCAAAGUAACUCCCACAGUCUCAAACUUUAUCCUGAAAUCAUUUCGUCAGUUUAUAAAUGUUACCCUUUCAAUGAACUUAGUAAACAGUUAAAAUAACAACAACAACAACAAUCAAAUAAAAUUGAUAAUCUUGUGAAAUUAUUAUCAUCCAUCAUCAAUUGUACACCAAAUCAUCAUCAUCAUAAUCAUCUAAAUCGGUGUGUAAUCAUCAAUGAACAUUCAGGAAUUAAAGUUUAAAGUUAUUCAAUCAAUUUGAGAGUAAACUUUUAUUUUGGAAAAAGAAAAUAAUUCAAUGAUCUAAAUUGUUGUUCAUCAUUUAUUAUUAUUAUUGUUAUAAAGAUUGAUUAUAUUGUGACACCAUUGAAUAGGUGCCAUUGUGAGUGACUCCAUGUCCAGAAUCAGAAUCCAUUCAACCAAUUUAACAUCCAACAAUUUAAUACAAUCAGUAAUCUUCACUUGAAUAAUAAUCAUCAUAAUAAUAGUUUAACAGUUAAGUGAUAAUAUUAAAUAUUAAUAUUGAAUAUUUUAUAUAUUUUAUCAUUGUUGAUGUUGUUGUUAUGAUUACAUCAACAAUCAGAAAACAAAAUCUGAAAAAAUAAACCUCAGGAUCAUUUUUCAUUUUUUGCGUCCAUCAACUUUUUUUUAGGUUAGGAUGACCAAUGGUCAAUGAAAAGAAAUCAGAAUGAUCAACAACAAUGAUUAUCAUGAUAAUAGUAAUAAUGUUAAUCCAAUUUUCAUCCCAUUCAGAUGAUUAGGAUGAUACUGACCAUGAUGAUGAUGAACAUGAUAGUAAUCAUUUUUACCUAAUGAUACAAAUGUCAAUCAUUUGAUUAGUAAAUUUCCCAUUUAGUUGAGUUUUAUUAUUUAUUUCUGAUUGAUGUUCAAUUGAUUGGAAUCAGUUGAUUUGGUCAAAUAAUCAACAUUCAAAUACACAGAAAAUAUCGUCCAGGGAAUUGAUUUAUCUUCAUCUUUAUCAUCAUUCGGUGACCUUUUAUCUUCCACCGAGAACGAAAAAGAAAAAAAGUUUUUCUUCUCAUUCUUAUUCAGUGAAUUCUAUGUGUUGUUUCAAUUUCGAAAAAUUUUAAAUUCGAUUUAGAACUUUUCUUCCUCUUUCUCUCAUUGAUUCUUCCAAGAAAACUGUCAACAUGGUCUAAAAUAUGAUAGAAAAUAUCUUCCUUUAAUAUGGAAACAUUUUAAAUGGAAUAAGUUUCUCUUGAUUAUCAAUUUAAUCCAAUAUCAUCUCAUAUUUUUGAUCAAAUUUUAUCAACAACAAUCAAUUUAAUCUAAAUUGUUAACUUACUUACAAACCAAUCACAAUCAACUUACACAAUAAAGUAAAACUUGUGAUUCUGUCAACACCAAAAAGCUUAAUUGUUGUGGAUUAACAUCAAAAUUGGAUUAUAAACAAAAAGUGUAAAACUAAAUUAGUGUUUUUGUAAUUGUUGAUUAAUUGUUUCCUUUUAUAUUGUUUUGUUUUGAUUUCUGUUUCCUUGUCCAUUGGUUACUAAGGAUUAACCAUUUAAUUGGUAAACGAUUACGAUUCCACUUAGGAUUUUAAUAUCAACUUACACGAUGUCCAGUUCGUUGAUUGUUGUUGGUCAUCAUAAUGAUCAUGAUAAUUAUCAAGGUUUACACCUUUUAUUUUUGUUCCUUUUGUGUUCAAAUGUCUUACAAAUUAACGGGAAUUCAAAUAUUCCCCAUGAUGGAACUGAAACACUUUCACCUCGUUCAGUGAUCACCAAAUAUGGUGCCUUAAGGGGAAUUGUGAUUAACUUCAAGAAUAUUGAUAAACCUGGUUACCCAUCAGGAUCAUCUCGUUCAUCACCAUCUUCACCUUCACCCUCACCAUCAACAACAUCAUCAACAACAUCAUUACCUUCAGGUUCACCAUCUCCAUCCUCAUCCUCAUCCUCAUCUCCCUUUACCCCUUCCAAAUCAAAUCUUGCCUCGAUGACACCGGUUGAGGUUUUCCUUGGUGUUCCUUAUGCUUCACCGCCCAUUGGGUCACUACGAUUCAUGCACCCAGUUACACCAACCCACUGGCGAGGUGUUAAACUGUCCAAUCGCUUUGGUCCAGUUUGUCCACAAAAAUUACCAGAUAUCAAUCUAAAACAAUGUAAUUGUAACGACGAUGAAAACAAAGGCCAUCGAUCUUCCAGUUCUAAUUCCAAUGGUCAAUCAUCAUCAACUUCAUCACCCUCCACAUCAUCUACCACUUCUUCUUCAUCAUCCUCAUCUUCCUCAUCUUCAUCGUCAACAACAUUUGAUUUGCCUGAGGGAAGAUCAGCUCAUUUGAAACGAUUAAUUCCUUAUCUUCGCAAUCAAUCAGAGGAUUGUCUCUAUCUCAACAUUUACGUACCUUUUGCUCAAAAUGGACCAUCCAAUAUAAACUCCAAGUUGCCUGUUCUCGUCUUCAUUCAUGGUGAAUCUUAUGACUGGGGUGCUGGGAAUCUUUAUGAUGGAUCGAUAUUAUCAAGCUUUGGUAAUGUUAUCGUGGUCACUCUUAAUUAUCGACUCGGAGUUUUCGGAUUCCUUCCUGCUAUUCAGGAGGGAACACUUCGAGGUAACUAUGGCCUCAUGGAUCAAAUUGCUGCCUUACACUGGAUUCAGGAAAAUAUUAUUGAAUUCGGUGGGAAUCCAGUUAACAUAACCCUCAUGGGCCAUGGUCAUGGGGCGGCUUGUGUUAAUCUUUUAAUGACCUCACCAAUGGCCUCAAAUUUGUUUAAUAGAGUGAUUCUAAUGAGUGGAUCAGCUUUGGCUCCUUGGGCGAUUGCCACAGAUUCAGAUGUUUACUCUCGACAUUUGGGUAAACUGUUGGACUGUCCAAACAGCGAUAAUACAAUUAUGGUCAACUGUUUAAGAUCAAAAACCGCUCAAGAAAUUUUACGAGUUGACCUUAAGGUACCACAACAUUUAUCUGCUUUUGGUCCAAUAAUCGAUGGAACUGUUAUCCUUUCACCACCGAAAGAUUUUGUCAUCAAAUCAAAUGACUAUUAUUCUGCCGCUGCCUCAUCAUCAUCAUCAUCAUCAUAUUCAAAUUCUUACUCAUCAAUGUAUCAUUUAAGCUUAAGCUCAACAUUAUCCGCCUCAGAUUCUUAUUCACUGCCACUUACAGCACCUUUAUCAUCAGCAGCCUUACCUGGUUCCAUCUCCGGUUCAUCUUCUUCCUCUUCCACCUUCAUGGAUUCACCGGGCUACAGUUCACCUUCAACCACAUAUGACCUACUUUUCGGUAUAACUCGAGUUGAAGCUCCUUAUUUAUUCACAGCUCACGAGGAAAGACACGGUGUAGACAUGAGGAGAAGGGACCGAAUUCUCAGAACUCUAGUUCGUAACCUUUUUGAUUUCCAUCAGCAGGUCAUACUUCUGACAUUGAUCAACGAAUACACUGACUGGAGUCGUCCAGUUGAACAUCCGAUUAACCUUUUCGAUUCAUUAGUGGACAUUUUGGGAGAUGCUCUUGUAGUUUCACCUUUGAUACAAACUGGUGACACUAAUGCUCGAUACGCGAUGUCAACUUAUACCUCUAGCGCUCAAGGGUCAACAAUGGGCACAUCGUCUACUUCUUCAACACGCCGACAUCACCAUUCUAGUUCAUCUUCACCGAUUGGUACUUCGUCCACAUUAUCAUCUUCCUCGUCUUCAUCAUCCUCGUCACUUGGUUCGUCUUCGGGAUCGACUACAAAUGGUAAUCGUUUAUCGGGUGACUACAAUUCUGGACCUCGAACUUUUUUUUACCUUUUUUCCCAUCAAAGUGAAAACUCUGGAUUCUCACCUCGCCUUGGUUGUCAACAUGGUGAAGAGCUGGCCUACAUUUUCGGUGCUCCACUGGCCAAUAAUUUACUUGGACAAUCGCUUAGCGUUUUCCAUACUAAUUAUACUCGACAAGAGUCCACUCUUGCCGAAGCCGUUAUGACAUAUUGGACAAAUUUCGUUAAAUUCGGUGACCCAAAUAUUUGGCCUAACGAACUAGAUUCACAUGGUGAUCGAGCCAAAGGCCGCUUUGAAAACGUAUUCUGGCCUCAAUAUGAUACAAUAACGCGAAAAUAUCUAAUGAUUGGGAUGAAACCAAAAGUUCGUGAUCAUUAUCAUUCCCAUCGUUUGUCCUAUUGGCUUCAUUUGGUUCCUCGACUUCAGGAAUCAUCAUUUAACGAGGAGCCACUUUACUAUUAUAAACAUCAUUUACUUCCUGAUCAUGAAAGUUCAGAUUCAUAUGAUGGUAUAGUCCGUCAGAUAUCCUUACGAUUCCAUCCAUCAUCAUCAUCAUCAUCAAAAGUUGACCUUAAUGGUUAUCAUAAAGCCAACAGUUCAGGAACACCAACAGGUCUUAAUACAAAGUUAACAACAGCAAAUAAAUUAAAUGCAAAUGAAUCAAUUAAAUCACAACGAGGAAAUUUAACAAAAUCAAUUACAGGUAAAAGUAGUAGCUCAUCGGUGGGUGGGCAGCCUGAUGAUUAUUCAGAUGAUGAUAAGUUAUCCUCGUCAUCUUAUAAUAAUAAAACUCUGGCAACACCAAUAAUUAUGGAGCAAAGUAAUUAUUCAACGGCUUUAAGUGUUACUAUUGCAAUUGGUUGUUCCCUGUUAAUUUUGAACAUGUUGAUAUUUGCUGGAGUUUAUUAUCAAUUGGAUAAGGCAAAAACAAACCGAUCAAAAUCAUCCUCAUCAACGGGAGCUGUAACAUUAUCAUCAUCAACACCAUGUUCACAUUUAGAUCAUCAUCUUCACCACCAUCAACAACAACAACAACAACAACAACAACACCAACAUCAAGUUAAUAAUGAUCAUCAUGUAAAUAACUCAACUCUUGUUGUUGAUUCCAAUAUAAAUCCAAUCCUUAUUCAUCAUCAUCAUCUUCAACAGCAACAACAACAACAACAACACCUUAGGUCAACAUCUGAUUAUCAUAAUAAAUAUGAAGAUAGCUUGACUAAAGAUGAUAUUCCCUCGAUGACCAGAAGCUCCUACAUAAUACAAGAUUGUAAUGAUACAAAGACAGCCGAUGAUCUUGACCUGACUCGGACAGCUCCAGGAAACACUGGAUUGGCCCUUGAAGAUGACGAUGAAUUAUUAAUCGAUGAUAUUGAUAAACAAUUACAACACCAUCACCAUCAACAACAGCAGCAGCAACAACAACAACAACAACAACAACAAGAUCCACUCCAAGAUCAUCAGAGAUCCUAUCAAACCCACUAUCUGACCAAUGUAGCGCUAAGAGAUUCAAUUACUGACCUAAAUAGACUCAAAAGUGAUUGUGCCAAAGUUUUGAUAACCAAUUACACCCCACCCAGGGAUCCAGUGGGCAGUGGAGGAGGAGGGACACUUCGCCGAAGCCCAAAAUCGGCUCUAAAAAAGACUUCAAUUGAAGAACCAGUAAUGUCCGUUUUUCAUUACAGUCCAGGUCAUUCAAUAACAACAACCGGCGGAUGUCAGUCAGCGACAUGUUGUGGCUCUAGUAUGGAAUGUCCAGUUACAUCGUUACCCGGUUAUGUGACCUUAGGUAGAUCACAUCAUCACCAGAAUACCUUAUCAACCCAACAACAACAACAACAACAACAACACCUACCAUCUAAUUACCAUCCAACUAAUCAAUCAUCCCAACAACAACAACAUCAAAUUGUUUAUAAUCACCGAGCCUUAACACCAUCAGAAAUACUGACCAAAGGAUCAAAUUUAAUAGGUCGAUGUGAAGAGGAAACAACAGCUUAAUCUAAUUAUUAAUGUACUUUAAUUGUAAAGAAGAAACAAAUUUUAAACAAUUAACCUAAAUUUUUAAAUACUGAUCAACAUGUUAUAAUAGUUAACAGCAAUCAACACAAUCAUAUUUAAGCUUUCAACCUUUUAUUAAUUGUUAUAUAAAUUUAAUAUUAUGAAAAAUAAAUAAAUGAGUUAAUACA